AUGCAGAAAAAAGCGGUCGAGCGAGAGAUGCAGGUAUGCCACAGUCAACCACACCUCGUUCCUCCUAUGAAGCUGGUCUUCUAUGAUUCCCUGCCGAGUCCUGGGCUACGGCCAGAGUCCAAGUCAUCUCUUCCGCCGUGGAUGCACGAGACCAAGAGUCUCGCCAGCAAGGCUUCGCGUCGGGCAAGUAUCCUGGUACGAAGACAAACACCCAAGCGGCCUACGAUCAGUGCUCCAAGGGAUUUCAGACGUACCGAUAUGCCUCGCGGUCGAGUGGCAUCCUUUCGUCCGCUGGAGCUGAGCAUCUAUCUGCCUGGAAACCGACUAUCAGACCUCCCAGAGUUCAAUUCUUUUGAUUUGGGAGCCCCCGGUCAGCCCUCUCCGCCGGAAAAGGCGCUCGUCUCUCCAUUUAAUUCAGCAAGUCACCUUCGCCGGCAGUCAGGCCCGUUCCAGUUGACUCGCAAACCUAUAGGGUCUGCGCCAUCUCGAAGAGGCUCUAUGGCAACUCUCGAGCUGCAAUUGCAACAAAACCAGCCGCGACAGAGUUCUGACCUUGCCACUGGAAACCCAUUGAUUCCUUACUUUUCCGUUGUCAGCCCCAUGAGCAAUGGACCUGUUUCACCUUUUCACCAAUUCGGGGAGUUGCGUCCCAUUAGCGAACCGUUCCAGAAAGCUCCUCAAUCUCCUACUAAACACAAAUACAACAAGUCCUUGCCUGGGGUUUCGGUUGGCAUCGAACCCUUCCAAAGCCCCUCGUUUCCAUCAUCUUCCAUCUCAGCAAGGCAUUCGCUCGAGUCUCAUCCCAACUACAAUGGUCGCCAGGGUACCGGCAAGAGGAAGCAAGGACAAUCCUCUCGAUCUUCCUCCAUGACCUCUAUGAGCACCAUCAUCAACAACAACACGAAAAAGUAUCAUCACCAUACCCCCACCAAGUCCUCUACUUCUACCCUCCCCUACCACAGCCGCGUCCGCACCACCAGCAAUUCAACUGUAUCUUCCAAAACUCCUUCGUUAUCCAGCGCCAUCACGGCUGCAACAACCAUCAUGCCAUCUGACAAGGAACUCGAGACCGCCUUUGGCACUCUACCUGUGAUCCCGGCUAGUGGGAAGACUAGCAUGGUGGCACAAGAUCCAGAAGUCCACGAGGAAGAACAAAUGCAUCCCAGCGGAUAUGAAUACGACCAGCGAUUUCCCACCAAUGUGGUUGGGUUGGCUUUUUAA